AUGAAGUUCAGACUCGCUGCCUUAUUUGGUUUGGUUGCUUGUGAGAAGCAGUUGAAGCCGACCAAGUCUUUGGCGGAUGGUGAGGUGAGUAAGGUGGUGAAGUUGGACGUAUCGUUGACAAGCGACGGGGAGACGACGGACUUGGGAACGAUUUCUCUCGGUUUGUUCGGGAACGAGUUGCCGAAGACUGCGGAGAACUUCGAGUGGGCAUGUCGUAACCAUUACUCGGAUACGGUGUUGCAUCGCGUGAUCCAAGGCUUCAUGGCACAGGGAGGCGACUUUACUCGUCACAAUGGCACUGGGGGGCGCUCCAAGUUUGGCGAAAUGUUCGCUGACGAGAGUUUUAUUUACCUCCACGACUACCCCGGUGCCCUCUCAAUGGCUAACCGCGGACCUGACACAAACGGUUCCCAGUUCUUUAUGACCUUCACAAAAACGCCCUGGCUCGACGGCGGUCAUGUCGUCUUCGGAUGCGUUACUGAUGGUAUGUCUACCCUCACCAAAAUCGAAGCGCGCGGCUCUCGAUCCGGCAAGACCGACGGCAAACUCACCAUCAAGUCCUGCUCCGUCGAAGCCGCACCCAGCAACGCUCGUUGCAGCGUCCCCCGCGCCACCAAAAGCGACCUCUAA